ACGUCCGAAUAAUGUGGGGUAACAUCAAGCUUCGAAGGAGGGGUCGAAUAGCUUCAAACGUCAUGCCCACAUCAUUGUGCGGACGAUAAACUAACAAUAUUUCCCCCAUUUCUCACACUUCCUUCCAUCUUCUCUAACUAUCAUAAUCUAACAUAUUGAAACAUUCUUCCAAACCUCUAAUUAAAGUCGACACGAUUAAAGAUGUCAUUUAAAACUACAGCAACCAUUGCCUCAUUCGGCGGCAAAUUGCUAAAACUUACACACGAUGCUAGCACAGUGGGCUGCGAGAUGGCAUUGAAUCUCUAUCUACCACCUAAGGCUUCUGCAGAGAAAAAAGUGCCAGUGAUCUUCUACCUCGCGGGUCUUACUUGUACGGGAGACAAUGGGGCUGAGAAGGGAUUCUUUCAGAGUGCGGCCAGUGAGAAGGGAAUUGCGGUGGUUUAUCCCGAUACCAGUCCGAGAGGUCUCAAUAUAGCCGGUGAAAAUGAUUCCUGGGACUUUGGUACCGGUGCCGGCUUUUACAUCGACGCUACCAAUCCUCCCUACUCGACAAACUACAAAAUGUAUAGCUACAUCACCUCCGAGCUCCCAUCUUCUCUCUUCUCCUCCUUCCCCGAACUCGAUUCUGAGAGGAAAAGUAUCAUGGGCCAUUCAAUGGGCGGACAUGGUGCUCUCACUCUCUUCUUGAAGAAUCCGGGAAUGUAUAAGAGUGUCAGUGCUUUUGCGCCAAUUUCCAAUCCGAUUAAUUGUCCAUGGGGAGAAAAGGCUUUCAAGGGCUAUCUUGGAGAGGAAAAGAAGGAGGGAUGGAAGAAGCAUGAUGCGACGGAGUUGAUUGGGGAGUUCAAGGGGGAGUUCCCGGCUUUGAUUGAUGUGGGAACGGGAGACAACUUUUAUAAACAGGGGCAGUUGUUACCAGAGAAUUUCGAGGCUGCGGCAAAGAAGUCAGGAAACGACAGCAAUUUGACGCUUAGAUACCAAGAGGGAUACGAUCACUCAUACUUUUUUAUCUCGACAUUUGGAAGAGAUCACAUUGAACAUGCCGCUAAAUAUUUAUUCGCAUAAAGCAGAAAUGAUCAUGUAAAUAGUUAUAAGCUUUAGA